UCCUCUCUUUCUGCCAAAUCGUAAACAAACGCGAGUGCACAGCUUUCCGUUCGUUCCAUUUCCCCUGCCCGCUAGCCUAGUGCAAUGACAAUUUGGGAAACAUCUUCACGAAAUGCUGUUCCUCGACCUCGGUGUUUCAUCUAGUAUCAAUUCUUAACGUGGCUGUAUAUAUUGCGUGAGUGCGCGUUGUGCGGGUGGGUGCAGCUGCCCCUGUGUGCGCCCCGCGACGAUUGAAAUGGGCGGUUAUUGACUAGCAGGUAGAAGCAGCCUCAGCAAAAAAUGAGUCACAAGAGUGACAAAUCUUCACUCUCCCAACCACUACGUGUUGAAACCGAGGAGACGACUAUCGAGCCACCACACUGCACCGGAUACUUCCCCGAGGAGGGUAAUCAUACCAACGAUAACGAUGAGUCCCUGGGCGCGCUUCCGCCCAAAUGGGAGAAGGCCUACACUGAGAGUGGUGAAGUCUACUUCAUCGAUCACACCACUGGAACGUCCCACUGGUUAGACCCGCGACUCUCAAAAUUCCAAAAAAAGUCACUUGAGGACUGCAUGGAUGAUGAAUUGCCUUAUGGCUGGGAGAAGAUCAGUGACCCACAUUAUGGCACCUACUUUAUAGAUCACGUCAAUCGACGGACGCAGUAUGAAAAUCCCGUGAUUCAGGCGAAACGCGCAGCAUCCCAAGCUUCUGCGCGGGCAAGUAGAGCUUCCUUUACUAAAGAUCCGGCUGAAUUAUGCGGGCAGCGCUUCCGCACCUCUCUGGUCAAGUCCUCGAGAGGUCUGGGCUUUACAAUCGUUGGUGGGGACGACGGAGUGGAUGAAUUUCUACAAAUUAAAUCGGUGGUCCCAAAAGGGCCGGCAUGGUUAGAUGGGAAGUUGCAAAUGGGGGAUGUGAUUGUCUUCGUAAAUGACACCUGUGUACUAGGCUACACCCACAACCAGAUUGUGAGGCUUUUCCAGUCAAUCAGUGUGGGCUCCACAGUUGCACUUGAAGUUUGCAGGGGAUAUCCGCUUCCAUUUGAUCCAAAUGACCCAAAUACUGAGGUUGUAACUACCAUUGCAGUUGAUUCCACUCUGCAGGCAGUACCAACUGAGAAACGCCUUGGAAAUUUAGAUACCAACUAUAAUUUCCUUGAAGGCGAUGAUAUUUCACGGGAUGAUGUCAGCGCGCUUGAUAACAACGAUGAUAUUGAUGAUUUGCUCAAGGGGAUGAACAAUGUCAGCAUUACGAAAGUCGAGGUGAGCGUUAAAAUCGUCAAGGGAAAUCUAGGUUUUGGAUUUACUAUUGCUGAUAGUGCAUGUGGGCAACGAGUUAAAAAGAUCCUCGAUCGCCAACGAUGUAAAAACCUCCUUGAAGGAGAUAUUCUCUUGGAUAUCAACGAUAUAUCCCUAAGAAGUCUAACGCAUGAUGAUGUGGUACAGGUUCUAAAGAACUGUCCGUAUAAUCUCGAAGCGACCAUCUGUGUACAACGAGGUUGUUCCAAGACGAACACAAACCGCAAACCACGCAAGCUGGACAAUCGCUUUGGUGCCAAAGAUAUGGUGAAUGCCUUCAGGAGCAAAACUCCCACUGCGGACAUCUACAGUACGCAAACCCGCGAAGUCCUUCCAAGUCGACCAAAAACACCUAUUGUGGACACGCGCAGCAUCACGAAGACUCCCACGAAGGACCUCAACUCCAACGGCCAUGAUAUGAUGCGUCCCACAUACGCCGAGGGGAAUUUACGAUUGUCAUUCAUCGAGAACGGAGACAUUGAAGAAGAGGAAAUCAAUAACAUCGUCCAGAAAACUCGAGCGGGUCAUCCACAGCAUCAAUACAUGCCGGUGCCACAUGCGUACGAUUGUCUCUGCUUCCAAUGUCAGAACCACCGACCUGGAACAACCGAUGGUGGCAGCAGUACAUACGAAAGCAACAGUAGUAGAAAAGCAAACAACUUACAAGACUGGUGGCAGUCGCAACAGAACAACGAAUGCGUCGAGAUGAAUAUCACGCUGCAGCGGCAAGAGUCCGGCUUUGGGUUCCGGAUCGUUGGUGGCAUCGAGGAUAGAUCGCAAGUUGCCGUUGGGCAUAUUGUUGCUGGUGGUGCGGCUGAUGUAGAUGGACGCAUUCGCUCCGGGGACGAAAUUGUCAGCGUUGACAAUUACUCAGUGCUCAAAGCGUCACAUCGCCAAGUUGUACAAUUGAUGAAUCAGGCCGCGACGAGAGGUCAAGUUAAUCUGGUCCUGCGAAGAAGGAAUUUUCCUGCUGGAGAGUAUGGUUUACCGCCUCCACAAGUUGUCCACAGUCCAAUCGGUAGCCCAAAUGGUCAGACUUAUGAUGUUAUCGUAAACCGAACCGAAAACGAAGGUUUUGGUUUCGUUAUCAUUUCCUCAGCGAAUAAAGUCGGCUCGACAAUUGGUCGAUUAAUUGAGGACAGUCCGGCCGAACGUUGCGGUCACCUACGUGUGGGGGAUUACAUCGUCGCUGUGAACCACAUCAACAUCAUGCAGUUCAGCCAUGGCGAAAUUGUAAAUCUUAUCAAAGACUCUGGUUUGUCGGUGACGCUGACAAUUGCGCCGUCCUCCGACCACUGAGUAAGCUACUACAAUACAAUAAUUACAAUACAUAGUGCGAGCUUAAUCAAAAAACGAUUUUAAUCUGUUUGUGGUAAAAGGGUUGACAUCGAAUAAAAUUUUAAUUAAUUUUAAAAUUUCACUAAACAAAACUGAUCUUCAUAGAAAAAGUAUAAAUUUAAUAUUACUUAUUAAGCAUUGUUGUUGCUAGAGAAAAGUCUCAAAUCAAUAAGUAGGGCCGUAGGGAGACUUGUAUUAUAUUUAUGUAUUAUUAUUAAUUAUUAUGCAUUUAUACCAAAUGUCGAUAUAAGUAUUGCUGCACGUUAUAUUUUAGAUUUUAUCUCCUCUCGCCAUUUCACGUUGCUUGUUGUUUGUGAUAACAAUUUCGAGAAACAAUAUAUGUACUGCCAAAUGAAAACGAUGACAAAUUGAAUGGAUUAGCCGAGUAAUGAUUAAAAAAAUAUUGUAGCGAUUUUAGACGGAGGCGGAAAAAGAUUUUUUAUCUAGAAAUGCUUGUGCAAUCCUAGACACAGUUAUUUUCGCGCCUACAUCGAUGAAAGUACACAUAUAAUAAGAGGACGAAAAAUAUAAAGCUCAAAUAUUUAUAAAUAUAUUAUACUAUGAAAUGAAUAAUGUUUUUAGACUGAUUACUGUUUGUAUGUCAUUGAAGAAGUAUUAUGCGACGGUAGAAAACUCUCUUCAACGAAGAUGAUACACAUAUUGUUUCAAAGGUGGUAUCUAAACACUUAAUUAAGCAAUAAUUAAGCAUUAAGUUUAUUGUUUUAAAGUAUAUAUAUAUAUAUAGAAUAUAUAUAUGUAAAAUGGAAAAAUGUGUAUAAAUAAUAAAUAUUAUAAAAGAACCAGA